ACUCCUUGGACCGCGAGCGGGGAGCGGGCUUUCCUCAGCUGCGCCUCUCUUCCUCGGACCCGGCCCUGGACCCAACCUCGGACUCCAAAACGGCUCCACCAUGGAGGAGGCGGACCGAAUCCUCAUCCAUUCCCUGCGCCAGGCCGGCACGGCAGUUCCUCCAGAUGUGCAGACCCUGCGAGCCUUCACCACUGAGCUGGUGGUAGAAGCUGUGGUCCGCUGCCUGCGUGUGAUCAACCCCGCUGUGGGCUCUGGCCUCAGCCCCCUGCUGCCUCUUGCCAUGUCUGCCCGUUUCCGUUUGGCCAUGAGCCUUGCUCAGGCCUGCAUGGACCUGGGCUACCCCUUGGAGCUUGGCUAUCAGAACUUCCUCUACCCCAGUGAGCCUGACCUCCGAGACCUGCUUCUGUUCUUGGCUGAGCGUCUGCCCACUGAUGCCUCUGAGGAUGCAGACCAGUCUGCUGGUGAAUCUGCUAUCCUCCGGGCCAUCGGGAGCCGAAUCCGGGACCACCUGGCCCUGCCCUGGGUCCCACCCCUCCUUCGCACUCCUAAACUACAGUACCUCCAGGGCUCAGCCCACCAGAAGCCUUUCCAUGCCAGCAGGCUGGUCAUGCCUGAGUUGAGCUCCAGAGGAGAGUCCCGGGAGUUCCAGGCAGGUCCCCUGCUGCUACCAGUUCCCACCCAGGUGCCCCAGCUGGCUGCCAGGGCGGCCUCGCUCCUCGAACACCAUGCCAUCCAGCUUUGCCAGCACACAGGCCGGGACCGUGCUGGGGACGAGGCCUGGGGCCACCGGACAUCCCGCCUCCCCGCCCAGGAGGACACACGGGCUCAGCGGCAGCGGCUACAGAAGCACCUGGCUGAGCAUCUGCGCCAGACCUGGGGCCGGCCAGGGCCCCCCCAACAAACCCGAGACCUGGGAGAACUGCUGCAGGCUUGGGGUGCUGGGACCAGGCCUGGUGCUCCCAAAGGCUCCCGCUUCACACAUUCCAAGAAGUUUACCUUCCAUCUGGAGCCUGAGGCCCAGGCAGCCCAGGUGUCAGAUGUGCCAGCCACCUCCCAGCGGCCUGAACAGGACACGUGGGCAGCCCAGGAGCAGGAGCUGGAGUCUCUUCGGGAGCAGCUGGAGGGGGUGAACCACAACAUUGAAGAGGCUGAAGCUAACAUGAAGACGCUGGGAAUCAACCUUGUGCAGGUGGAGACCGAGUGUCGGCAGAGUGAGCUCAGCAUCGUGGAGCGUGAGCAAGCCCUGCGUCUGAAGAGCCAGGCGGUGGAGCUGCUGCCCGAUGGGGCUGCCAACCUCGCCAAGCUGCAGCUUGUGGUAGAGAGCAGUGCCCAGCGGGUCAUCCACUUGGCGGGUCAGUGGGAAAAGCACCGGGUCCCGCUCCUUGCUGAGUACCGCCACCUCCGAAAGCUCCAGGACUGCAGAGAGCUGGAAUCUUCUCGACGGCUGGCAGAGAUCCAGGAGCUGCACCAGAGUGUUCGGGCAGCUGCCGAAGAAGCCCGCCGGAAGGAGGAGGUCUACAAGCAGCUGGUGUCAGAGCUUGAGACCUUGCCCAAAGAUGUGUCCCGGUUGGCCUAUACCCAGCGCAUCCUGGAGAUUGUGGGCAACAUCCGGAAGCAGAAGGAAGAGAUCACUAAGAUCUUGUCUGACACAAAGGAGCUUCAGAAGGAAAUCAACUCUCUGUCUGGGAAGCUGGACCGGACGUUUGCAGUGACUGAUGAACUUGUGUUCAAGGAUGCCAAAAAGGACGAUGCUGUUCGGAAGGCCUACAAGUAUCUAGCUGCCUUGCACGAGAACUGCAGCCAGCUUAUCCAGACCAUCGAGGACACAGGCACGAUCAUGCGGGAAGUUCGAGACCUGGAGGAGCAGAUUGAGACGGAGAUGGGCAAGAAGACCCUCAGCAACUUGGACAAGAUCCGCGAGGACUACCGAGCCCUUCGCCAGGAGAACGCUGGGCUCCUGGGCCAGGUCCGCGAGGCCUGAGCAGCCCCACCAGAGGUCUGCCCCCGGCCUCAGGCAGGGAUAUGGAGUGCUGGUGGCACUGGCCCUCGCUAUGCCCUCUGAUUACCAUCCAGUUCCUCCUGCUGCAGCCUUGGCCCCAGACCCUCGCCCACCUCACCCUGACCCUUAUCUGGGGCAAUCAUCCAGAGUGUGGGAGCUUGGCUUCAGUUUAUUGUGGAGGGCAUGGGGCGGGGGUUGGGGUCUUGGAUCUCAAAUAAAUGAGGGGCUCUGUCUGCA